GUACCCUUCCAACAAGAACAUCAAUAUUGACAAUCACUUAUAACAAAAUGAGUCUCGUCACCAUCGCAUACAUUCUCGCCUCGCUCACCGCCGGCGGCGGCACAAUGGGCUAUGUCAAGUCAGGCUCGGUCCCUUCAAUCGCUGCUGGAGUCUCUGUUGGCGCCCUGUACGCACUUGGUGGUUACCGCAUGUCCAAUGCCCAACCCUAUGGUGUCGAGCUCGCGCUUCUGGCCAGUCUUGUCCUUGCCGGAAGCAGCAUCCCUAGAGCCAUGAGGUCUGGAAAGCCGCUCCCCAUCGGCCUGAGUCUUCUUGCUGUCUAUGGUCUCUACAGCUUCGGCUCUGCUUGGUCUGCCAGAGCACGUUAAUGCCACUCAUGCUUUGAACCCGAGCACUUUGCUACCCCCAUCACGUCAAGAUGCUGCUAUAAUGUUUUGAAUAACGAGUCUCCUUCUCAAACCUCAUCAUUGCCUGCCCUACGUGUCCUUGAUCGUACGCCAGAAUGUCCGUUGAACCGAGGUAAUGGAUCAAGG